UAGAUCAGGUGCGCUUGUCAGUUAAGUUUGCUUGGUUAUUGUUGUCACUCUGUUGUGUUCAGCCGUGUUUAGUUGGCUUAUUGCACGAUGAUGUAGAGGCGGGGUUCAUCGCUCAUGUUAUCUGUUCAUAAAGGCGUGUUCUUUGUCCGCGCCUGGGCUGGAGUGUAUAAAAGUAAAGCGCAUGGGGAAGCUGAACUUCGCCGCUUGAGCUGACAGGUUCCGGAGAGCGCGUGUUCAAGUUGUAUCACGACAGAUUUACACUUCGAGGAAAGACAAUGGCAGAAAAGAAUGGAAAACCAGCAUUUGAUAAACCUAAGAUUGAGCUACAUGUGCAUCUUGAUGGUGCUAUUCGAAUAAAGACCAUUGUAGAAGUAGCAAAGCGGCGGGGAAUCACUCUACCUGUGAACGGCGAGGAUGAAAUGAGAGACCUGGUCAUAAUGCAUGAGCCGGCCACACUCACAGAAUUCCUUGGCAAGUUCAAUCACUACAUGCAUGCCAUUGCAGGGGACAGAGAGGCCAUCAAGAGAAUAGCUUACGAGUUUGUAGAGACAAAGGCUGAAGAGGGAGUGCUCUAUGUUGAAGCCAGAUACAGCCCUCAUCUGCUGGCCAACAAGGGAGUGGAUCCUCUUCCUUGGGACCAAAAACCAGGAGACAUCACUCCCGAUGACGUGGUGGACCUGGUGAACCAGGGGUUCAAAGAGGGAGAGAAGGCCUUCAAAACCAAAGUCAGGUCCAUUCUGUGCUGCUUGCGUCACGAGCCAAAUUGGUCUAUGGAUGUGGUCGAGCUGUGUAAGAAGUAUCGUAAAGAUGGAGUUGUGGCAAUAGACCUAGCAGGAAAUGAAUCCAUGAACUGUGAGUCAUACCCAGGACACAAGAGAGCAUUUGAGGAAGCCGUCAGAAGUGAGGUGCACAGAACAGUGCAUGCAGGAGAAGUGGGCUCUGCCAAUGUGGUGAAGGAGGCUGUGGAAGUUCUGAAAGCAGAACGCAUUGGACAUGGAUACCACACGCUUGAAGAUCAAGCUCUAUAUAAACGACUGCUACAACAAAACAUGCAUUUUGAGAUGUGUCCUGUCUCCAGCAGACUGACAGGAGCCUCUGACCCAGACUUCACUAAACAUCCUCUCAUCACAUUCAAGAAGGACAAAGCUAACUACUCCUUAAAUACAGAUGACCCUACCAUCUUCAACUCCACCUUGAACUCAGACUACCAGGUGGUGCAGAAAUACAUGGAUUUCACUGAAGAGGAGUUCAAGAGACUGAAUAUAAAUGCAGCAAAGUCCUGCUUUCUUCCUGCAAAGGAGAAAGAGGAGCUUCUUGAACAACUCUAUGAGGCCUACGGCAUGCUGAAAAAAACAGGCUUUUGAGCUCAGUACUGUUAUAAACAAGUUUGCAGCGAGCAGAGCCUUUCAGGACAUUUGCCUUCUCACACGAUUGUGGAUCCUGAUUCCUUGAAACUGGAGAACUCGUACACACAUUUCUCAGUGAAAUUUUUACACAAAAACAAAGACCACACAUAAAAACUUUCAACUUUAGAAGUUAACAUGCUGUUCGUUAAAAUAAAUGUUACACAUGUCAUUUAACCACCGUUACAGCAUACUGGUUUUGACCAAAUGUUGUUGCCUUUCAUCUACAUAAACAUUUUUACAAGUAUUGUAAUCUCUGUAGCUUAAAUAUUGGUCUUAUUUCAUAUUUACUCAAGUCUAAGUCACUAUACUUUAUGCUCUUCUCAAUAUAUGCACAGAAUAUGACAAUGUAAUAAAGA